AUGGAACAAAGCCCAGGCCUUGAAAAUCCUCUGAAUGCUACCCACGACAAGGGCUGCGUUCAUCCUAGUAAUUCCACCAAAAAAUGCAUCAUAAAGGGAGAAAUAAUUAUAGAACAAAGCCCUGGAGAAUCAGCUCCUGGGUCGGCAGCAUCAAUCCAGCUAUAUAGUUGCUCAAAAAUAGAUUCAAACACUGGUAAAGGGCAGUUAAGCGGGAUAGGAAAACUCAGAGAUGGCAAGAGUAACAAGCGUUAUGGGGUGAAAAUCACAACAUACAAGAUAAAGUUCCAUGUAGAGCCAACUUUCGGAGUCCCAGGAGCUUUUGUAAUAAAAAACCAACACAAGCACAAGUUUUACCUUCAAUCUGCAACCCUCAGAAUUCCUGGAAAUCAUGUUGUUCAUUUCGACUGCAACUCCUGGAUCUAUCCAAUUCACCAAACAAAGACUGGCCGGGUUUUCUUCUCGAACACUAGCUAUCUCCCAAACCAAACACCAAAAGCUUUGGUGGAACUGAGGAAUGAGGAACUAAAUAGCCUGAGAGGAGAAGGAACAAGGGAGAGGAAGGAAUGGGAACGAAGUUAUGGCUAUGAUUUUUAUAACGAUCUUGGAAAUCCUGCUAAAGGACCAGAAGGCAUAAGACCUGUCUUGGGUGGUUCUGCAAAGUACCCAUAUCCCCGCAGGGGAAGAACUGGUUGUCCUGGAAACAACCAAGAUCAUGCAACUGAGAGGAAGGAAGAAACCGUCAGGUUGGAUGUGUAUGUUCCCCCAGAUGAGCGGCUCAGCCCCAAGAAACUAUCAGCGUUGAUAUCAAAAGCAGUCAGGGCUGCUGUGCAAUUCCUUCUACCUGAAAUUAAAUUGUUAUCUGCAAAAGAUAUCAGCAGUUUUGAGUCGCUGACAAAAUUGUUAUUUGAAAAAUAUAACAAUAACUUCAAAUCCUUCCUUGAGUUCCAUGACUUGUUCACCAGUAACAGAAAGCUAGUAGAGGGAUGGUUUGCAGAGAUGUUAAAGACAAUAGAACCAAAUGAGCAGUUCCGAAAGAUUAUACAAGCAAGCAACGGAGAAAUGGAGUUUCCAUUACCCCAAAUUAUAGCAGAAAAUGAAUUGGCAUGGAUGGAUGAUAAGGAAUUUGCACGCCAGAUGCUUGCAGGAACUAAUCCAGCAGUAAUUCAGAUCUUGAAGGUAUUUCCCCCAAAGAGCAAAAAUGGAACUUGGAGUUCUAUCAUGCAAUCACACAUAGAGCACAACCUUGACGGGGUGACUAUUAGAAAUGCUAUGUACCAACAGAGAAUCUUUAUCUUGGAUCACCAUGACUACCUGAUGCCAUUCUUAAGAAGAAUAAACAUGAAGGAAGGUGUAUGUACUUAUGCAUCCAGAACACUUCUAUUCUUAAGGGAAGAUGGCACUUUAAAGCCAGUGGCAAUAGAGCUGAGCCUGCCUGGGUCUCGAGUCUCUAGGUACAAGGAGAUGCAGAGGGUGUUUCUUCCAUCUAGAUCUAAUCAGGGCAGUGAAGUAGCCCUGUGGCAGUUUGCUAAAGCUCAUGUUCUAGUCAAUGACUCCUGUCACCACCACCUAAUCAGCCAUUGGUUGAAAACUCAUGCAGUGAUUGAGCCAUUCAUCAUAGCCACCAGAAGGCAGUUAAGUGCAAUGCACCCGAUUCACCGGCUUCUAAAUCCUCAUUUUAAAGACACCAUGCACAUAAAUGCGCUGGCUAGGAGUGUUCUCAUAGACUCUGGUGGAAUUCUUGAGAAGAUAUUAGCUACUGGAGAAAUCUCAAUGGAGCUAUCUUCAGCAUUCUAUAAGGACUGGAGAUUUGAUGAACAAGGCCUCCCUGCAGAUCUACUCAAAAGAAAUAUGGCCAUACCUGACUCAAGUAAGCCUGCUGGGGUUCAGCUGCUCUUUGAAGACUAUCCCUACGGUGCAGAUGGACUUGAUAUAUGGGUUGCCAUCAAGAAAUGGGUAACCAACUUUUGUCUCCUCUUCUAUGCAAAUAACUAUUCAGUAAGGUCUGACAAAGAAAUCCAAGCAUGGUGGUCAGAAAUUCGAAAUGUGGGUCAUGGGGAUUUGCACCACAAAGAAUGGUGGAAACCGAUGGAAACUGUUGCUGACCUGACAGAGGCUCUCACAACUCUGAUAUGGACAUCAUCAGCUCUUCAUGCUGCUGUCAACUUUGGGCAAUAUGGAUAUUCUGGUUACCCUCCAAAUCGUCCUACACUCUGUAGAAAAUUCAUUCCUGAGGAAGGAAUGCUAGACUUUGUAGAGUUCCUUAGGGAUCCUGACAAAUAUUAUCUUCAGAUGUUGCCUGAAAGAUGUGUGAUGAGACUUAGUGUAGCAUUGGUAGAGGUUCUCUCCCAGCACAUCUCUGAUGAAGUGUACUUGGGCCAACGGUCAUCAGGAGGAUGGACAGACAACAAACAGAUUCACGAGAUGUUUAAGCAGUUCGGUGAGGACCUUCAAGAGGUGGAGAAAAGAAUCUUGAAAAGAAAUAGAAAUCCAAAGCUUAAGAACAGACAGGGUCCUGCCAAAAUAGCAUACCAACUUCUGUACCCUGACACAUCAACUUUUGGAUCUGGGGUGGGAAUCACUGGAAAAGGAAUACCUAAUAGCAUAUCAAUCUAG